GCAUGCACCUUGAGCUGCUUUGUGGCCGGUACGUUAGUUAUUUCCUUCUCUCUCAGCUGACCGAGUCGCACACUUUUAUUGUCUGUUAUUUCCGCGCACCCCGUGGCGAGCGAGGAUUCUCAGGAACGGAUGAAUGUUUCUUCGGGGAAAUCAAGCAGACAGCUCAGCGAGGGCCCCUUUCGUUCUUUCACUCUGCGGUUUGAAUAAGCACGUAGCUGCGGCGGCGGGAUGAGCGGCGGGUGCGGCAGUGGUCGGGGCACCGCCGUAGUCAAGAGAAUGCGGCUCUUCUUCUGCUAUCUGCUGCCGUGCUCAUUAAUUUUAAUCUUCGUUGCGGCUCACUCCAGGAUGAGCAGCAGGAUGCUUCCGAUGUGCCUUCCGCAGACCAAAGUGGGCUUCCUCAAAAUGCACAAAUGCGCCAGCAGCACGGUGCAGAACAUCCUUUUCCGGUACGGCGAGUCACACGAUUUGAACUUUGUGCUGCCGGGCAGCAACAACUACCUUGGCAAGGAGGCGCCGUUUAAUCGGACGCAGAUUGCCAAGGUGCCGUGGCGGGGAAUUGGCUAUGAUAUGUUCGCGGUGCACACUGUUUGGAGCACGCCUGAGGUGAGGGCAUUGCUCGGUCCAGCGGCCACCUUUGUCACCAUCGUCCGUGACCCCGUCGACCUUUUCGAGUCCCUUUACACCUACGCUAGGUGGGAGCACCUCUUCAAAAUGAGCUUGCCCAGAUUUGCAAGGGCCGUGUCCCUGAAUACAACGAGGAGUCAGGAUUUCCUGACGGUGGGCGCCGGUUACUCAGGCCACAACCAAAUGCUCCACGAUUUCGGGCUUCCAGAACGAGACUCGUACUCCGAAGAGAAGGUGAAGCAGAAGAUUUCGGAAAUCGAACAGGAUUUUGAUCUGAUCAUGGUGGCCGAAGAACUAGAAGCCUCUCUUGUCCUUCUGAGCGAACUCCUGUGCUGGCCCUUGGACGCGAUGGUAGCCCUCCCUGUCAACGUCCGCUUUCCUCAGUACAAAAGACCACUCGACGAGCAAACCCGAGCCCUUCUCCGCGACUGGCUGUGGGCCGAUCAGAUGCUCUACGAGCAUUUUUGGCACCUCUUCCAGAAGAGAAAACUCGAGUUCGGGGCCGAGAGACUGCAGGAGAACAUAGCUAAACUGCAAAGACUGAAUUACGAAGCAAGAGAAGUGUGUGGCGUGUCUGAGAAUUACUUCGACAAUUUGACUGGAGUGUUCAAACCGUCAAGCAACCUGGUCAAAGGUUAUGAUGUGAAUAACAGGACCAGAUGUGUUAAUAUGGCCCGAAGUGAACUGAGUUACAUUGAUAUUUUACGGAGGAGGCAGAUGGAAAAAGCUGUGGUCGCAGCGCAGGAGAGAGCAAGUGAGGGAGAAACCAAUCGACUGAUGUAAAAUUUAAAAUUAUUUGUGAUAAAGUUUGGUUGAAUAAAAAACCUUGAAACCUGAAAAAUA